UGAAUUAUACUUUUCUGAUUAUUUACAUGAUAGAGUGAGAAAGAUAACCUCUUCAGGAUUGGUUGAAACAGUUGCGGGAGGUAUAGGUGAUAAGGGAUUGGCUGUUAAUGCAAAAAUCAGAGGUGUUUCAUCAAUAUUACUGGUAGACAAUGAUUUAUAUAUCUCUGAUGCAUUCAAUUAUAGAAUUCGUAAAAUUUCCCUCUCAACUGGUAUUAUUGAUUCCAUUGUUGGAGCAUAUGCAUCUAUUUAUAAUGGCGACAACUGGGCCAAUCAAACCAAUAUUAACUAUGUAUGGGAUAUGAGAAUUCAAAACGGUGAACUUGUAUUUGCUGACAUGAACAAUAACUUAAUUAGGAAAACAAGUUUAUCUGGUAAAGGAAAGGUAACAACCAUUGCUGGUAUGGGUGCAAACAAUGCUUCGAUUAUUAUCGAUAAUGUCAAGGCAACAAGUGCCUAUUUGAAAAACCCUGGUUCUGUUGCAUUCUUGCCAACUGGUGAUAUGAUUAUUGCAGAGACAGAAGGUCAUAUCAUUAGAAAGGUUGAUUUGAAUGGCAAUAUUUCACUCAUUGCUGGAUCAUUCUUCCAACCAGGUUUCAAUGGUGACUUGUCAGAUUCAAAGAAUUCUUUAUUGUAUCAACCAACAGGACUUUCUAUUUUACAGGAUGGUAGAAUCAUCUUCUCAGACUUUGGAAACAAUAGAGUGAGAAUGUUAACACCAUAUUGUAAGGAUGAAAAGUAUUAUUUGACUCAAUCUUCACAAGGUAUUGUCUGCAACAUUACUUCAUGUUAUGGACUCGCCUACAAUGAUGCAAAAGUUUGUUCAGGAAAUGGAAUUUGUUCAUCAUUGAAUAACUGCAGCUGCUCAAGUGGAUAUUCUGGAAACGAUUGCUCAACUGCUGAUAUUUGUUCUGUCUUGUCAAGCUCAUAUGUUUGUACAACAACGUCUCUCAACACAACUGAAACUCAAGUUACAACAGUUCAAAAUGUCACUCAAUUGGAUUCGAAAACUAUCGAGUUCUCAUCUACAAGUACUGUCACUGUUUCACUGCCAUCAACAAUUUCACAAUACUUGACAAGUGUUGAUUCAACAUUGAAGAAUGACACUGUUACUGUUGUCAGUUCUGUUUCAUCAGCAAGCAAAGUAACAGAAACUUCUGAGGUUAUUUCACCAGUCAUCUCAAUUGUUCUUGUCAAGUCAAGUUCUAAUCAAAAAAUUUCUGUCCAAAAUCUCGAAGAACCAAUUUCAUUAUAUUUCAAUAAGGUCAACAUGACUGUUUCGAAUAUUGAAACCUUGAAUGUAACUUGUAUGUAUUAUGAUGAAAGUGAAAAGGUAUGGAAAUCGGAUGGGGUUGAAAGUGAAAUUACAGAGAUUAUUCUCCACAACCUUGCUGAUGGAAAUGUUACCUUGACAAUUUCACUUACAUGCAAGACUUUCCAUUUAACUUCAUUUGGAAUCAUUGAUCAAAACUACAAGAAGGCAACUACUAACUCUAAUACUGACGAUUCCACAAUCUUGACAGAUUACACAGUUUUAAUAGGUGCCAUUGUUGGUGGUGUUGGUGGAUGUUGUGUUAUUGCCACAAUUAUUACACUCAUCAUUGUUGUCAUUAUCUUUGUCAGAAGAAGAGGAAAGAAAUAA